CAUCGAUGUUUCUCCACCUCAGUUGUUUUUUUUCACGCCAACCUUACGCUCUUUGGAAAAGGAAACCUUUUUUCGCGAUUUCAACCAGAUCCCGACCAAGCACACCUGCCCCAGGAUGUUGGCCCUCAUCAACAGGAUCCUCGAGUGGUUCAAGAGCAUCUUCUGGAAAGAGGAGAUGGAACUGACGCUGGUGGGGCUGCAGUUCUCCGGGAAGACGACGUUCGUCAAUGUUAUUGCAUCCGGCCAAUUCGCUGAGGACAUGAUACCCACAGUGGGCUUCAACAUGCGCAAGAUCACCCGGGGCAAUGUGACUAUCAAGGUGUGGGAUAUCGGAGGCCAGCCUCGAUUCCGAUCGAUGUGGGAGCGCUACUGUCGCGGCGUUAAUGCGAUUGUCUACAUGGUGGAUGCCGCCGAUCUGGACAAAUUGGAGGCCUCGAGGAACGAGCUGCACUCACUAUUGGACAAACCGCAGCUCGCAGGCAUUCCAGUGCUCGUGUUGGGCAACAAACGUGAUCUUCCAGGCGCCCUCGAUGAAACCGGGCUCAUCGAACGCAUGAAUCUAUCGAGCAUACAGGACCGUGAAAUCUGCUGUUAUAGUAUUUCCUGCAAGGAGAAGGACAACAUUGACAUAACGCUGCAGUGGUUAAUUCAACAUUCGAAAAGCCAAAGUCGUUAGAUAACGAAAACCCACACACACACACAACUCCCUACCCUCUACACACACUACACACUAGGCACUAAUAAUAUCUCACACAGAACAACUAUAUAUACAUAUAUACACUAAUAAUAAUUUGCAGAGUGAUGAACAAUGAG